AUUCAGCAGUAGCGGGAUCACACGAAAGGAAAUCAAACACACAAUAUUGAACAGUACAACAAACCUGACAUACACCGAACAACCACAGCAGAUCAUCAAUCCUACCACAAGAUGGAUGUACAAGUACAGGGUACGCCGCAGUACUACCAGGAACUGCAGCAGCAGCAGCAUCCCCGCGACUACGACGAUCCGGACGCGGACGAGGAGGGCGAGAUGGAGGCCGAGCGCGAUCUGGCCGAGGACGCACAAUGGAAGCGGAUACAGCAGAACACGUUUACGCGCUGGGCCAACGAGCACCUGAAGAUCAUCAACCAGAACAUUGCCAAUCUCGAGAGCGACCUCUCCGAUGGGCUGCGCCUGAUCGCCCUGAUCGAGGUGCUCUCACAGAAGCGCAUGAGCAAACACAACAAGCGGCCCACGUUCCGCAGCCAGAAGCUGGAGAAUGUAUCCGUGGCACUGAAGUUCCUCGAAAUCGAGGGUAUCAAAAUCGUCAAUAUCGACUCUUCCGACAUUGUGGACUGCAAGCUGAAGCUGAUCAUGGGCCUGAUCUGGACGCUGAUUCUGCACUACUCCAUUUCGCUGCCAAUGUGGGAAGGCGAUGAGAAUGGGGACAAUCUCGCCAACGGUAACGGAGCCUCACCGAAGCAGCGCCUGAUGAACUGGAUUCACCGGCUGGUACCGGAUCUGCCUAUCAAUAACUUUACCUCGGACUGGACGAACGGUAAGGCGGUCGGUGCCCUGGUCGACGCCGUCGCCCCCGGUCUCUGCCCAGACUGGCCGAUGUGGGACCCGAAAGAUGCCGUCCAGAAUGCGGCCGAAGCGAUGGGACUGGCCGACGAUUGGCUUAACGUACGGCAACUGAUUCGGCCCGAAGAGAUGGUCAAUCCUAACAUCGACGAACAGUCCAUGAUGACCUAUCUGUCACAGUACCCGAACGCCAAGCUAAAAGCCGGUGCUCCCCUGCGUCCGCGGACUAAUCACAGCAGUGUUCCACCGCCGCGGGUUCGCGCUUACGGUCCCGGAAUCGAGCCAACCGGCCCGAUCGUCGGAGCCCCGGCCAACUUCACCGUCGAGACGUUCUCGGCCGGUAAGGGCAACGUCGAGGUGGCGGUUCUCAACGCGAACGGUAACGCCGAGAAGGUCGACUGUAGGUUCAAUAACGAUAAGAACCUCACAUACUCGGUGUCGUACAUCCCCAAGCUGGAAGGACUGCACAAGGUGUACGUGAAGUUUAACGGGCGUGAUAUCCCCAAGAGCCCGUACGAAGUGCAGGUCGAAGGUCAGGCCGGUGACGCUUCGAAGGUGACGGCUAGCGGGCCGGGUCUCCUGCCGGACGGUGUGAUCGUUGGCAAGCAGACGUACUUCGACAUCACGACUAAGGACGCUGGCAAAGGGACACCGGAAGUGAUUGUGCUGGAUCCGGCCAACCACAAAACUACCGUCGCUGCCAAGUUGCGCCAGAUCGGGACGGAUCAGUGGCGCUGCGAAUACACGGCCAAGCAGGUCGGGCUUCAUUCGGUGAACGUGUUCUACUGUGGCCAACAGAUUAAAGGCAGCCCGUAUGGGGUGCGCGUGGCACCGGUUUGCGAUCCGCGCAAGGUGCGAGCCAGUGGCCGCGGUCUGCAGCCGGUCGGAGUGCGCGUCAACGAUGAUGACGUCACGUUCCGCAUCUUCACCGAAGGUGCGGGCGAGGGCAUUCCCGAGGUGAAAAUCUUCGGCCCCGGUGGGGUCGUGCCGGAGUACAGCAUGCGCAAGAUUGACGCCACGACCUACGAAGUGCAGUACAUUCCACUGAAGGAGGGCCGCUACAAACUGUUGGUCCUCUACGGGGGCCAGGAGAUCCCGAAAUCGCCGUUUGAGGUGGCCGUCGGUCCGCAGAAGCACACUUCGAUCGUGGCGUACGGACCGGGACUGAAGACGGGUAUGGUGGGACAACCAGCCUGCUUCGUCGUUGAAACGAAUGGCGAAACGGGCAACCUUGGAUUCAGCAUUGCCGGCCCAUCGCAGGCGGAAAUCGAGUGCCACGACAACGGGGACGGUUCGGCACUCGUGAAGUACCACCCGACCGCGCCGGGAGAGUACGCCGUGCACAUCCUGUGCGACAACGAGGACAUACCGAAGAGUCCUCACAUCGCACAGGUCCUCCCGAAGGCGGACGACUUCCACCCGGAGCUGGUGAAAGUGAGUGGACCGGGAGUGGAGAAAAAUGGCAGCGUUAUUGUCAAUAAGCCGACCGAGUUCACUGUCGAUGCAACGCGUGCCGGUUCGGCACCACUGGAGGUGAAAAUUAAUGACGUUUUCUCCAACACCAUCGCCCAUCGAAUCACCCAGAACCAGGAAAGUGGUACGAAGAAGAUCACAUAUACCGCCCCGUCGGCCGAACCCGUCACGGUGGAGGUGAACUAUGGCGGUGUGGCCGUACCGCAGUCACCGUUCCGUGUGAACGUUUCCACACCACUGGACGCGUCGAAGGUGCAGUUCUUUGGCCCGUGGCUCGAGCCUGGCGUGAAACCAAACGCCGCCACACACUUCAACGUUGACGCUCGGAACGCCGGUAACGGUUUGCUCGAGGUAAACUUGGUGCACGAUGAAACGGGGCAGAAGGUACCGGUGCGCAUCAUCGACAACGACGAUCAAACGUAUGCCGUCGAGGUGAUUCCACCGCUACCGGGAACUUACACGACGAACCUCAGCUACGGCGGUUUGAAGGUGCCGAUCGCACCAAAAGUAACCGUACAUCCCCCGGUAGACGUGUCAAAGAUCAAGGUGGAUGGACUGGAACCGACCGCACCGUUGAACAGCCUCCAGCAGUUCCGCGUAAUCACGAACGGUAUCGGAAAGGCGGACCUAGCCGUUACCAUUACCAGCCCGUCCGGAAAUCGCGUCAAGGCGCACGUGAUACCAACCGCCGAAGGGUUUCUGGUCAACUUCACGCCCACCCAGUUGGGCGAGUACCUACUGAGCGUUAGUUUCGGUGGUACGCCGAUCACGCCGCAGCCAUUCCGGUUGCAGUGUUUGGUUGGGUCCGAUUCACGCAAGGUGCAGGCCAGCGGUCCCGGGUUGGUGCGAGGCAUCAUCAAUCGGCCGGCCGAGUUUAUGAUCGAUACGCGGGGUGCGGGGCAGGGCGGUCUUGGUGUGACGGUCGAGGGCCCGUGUGAGGCGGCCAUCAACUGUCGCGACAAUGGCGACGGUACCUGCAACGUGGCGUACCUCCCAACAGAGGUCGGUGACUACACGAUAAACAUAACGUUCAACGAUGAUCACAUCGCUGGCUCCCCGUACCAGGCCAUUAUCAUGCCGGAGCCGAAUCUCCACAAAAUUCGCGUGUCCGGCAUGGGCAUUCAACCACACGGUGUUAUUAUGAAUGCGCCCACCGAUUUCCAGGUCGACAUGAGUAAAGUCGGCGACGAUGUGGACCGAUCGAAACUGUCGUGCAAUAUUUUCGACCCCCGUGGUAACGAAAUUCCGAGCAAACUGGUGCCGAGUGAAUCGGCCGAUGAUGUUUUCCGUAUCAUGUAUACACCGUUCGAAGCUGGCCGACACACGAUUGAACUGCUGUAUGAUAACGUACCCGUGCCGGGCUCGCCAUUCGUCGUGAACGUGAAGUCGGGUUGCGACCCAACCCGUUGCCGUGCCUAUGGACCCGGUCUGGAGGGUGCAUUGACCGACAAAUCGGCCACUUUCACCGUUGAGACACGUGGCGCCGGAGCCGGAGGACUGUCGCUAGCAAUCGAAGGACCCUCAGAGGCGAAGAUGCAUUGCACCGACAAUCGGGACGGUUCCUGUGAUGUCGAGUACCUACCGACGGAACCGGGCGAGUACGACAUUACGAUCCGCUUCGCGGACAAGCACAUCCCCGGCUCACCGUUCAAAGUCGUGGUCAACGAAUCGACACGCCCCGAGAAGGUGAAAGUGUACGGUCCUGGCAUUGAGCACAAUCAGGUGUACGAGGCUGUGCCGGCAGAGUUUUUCAUUGACUGCGGUGCGGCAGGACCCGGAAAAAUCGCGGUAAAACUAAACUCAUCGGACGGUAAACCGAUCAGCGUGCAGGUGCAGGAUCGUGGCGACGGUGUGUACGGCGUCUCGUACGUACCGCCGAAGGAAGGAUCCGUUCUCACGGCGAACGUGCAGUUUGCCGACCAGGAAGUGAGCUGCAGCCCAUUCGUGAUGACUGUCGCUCCGGCGCCCAAUGACGCCCCGGUGAAGGUGUACGGUGAAGCGGCCACGAAGAAAAAUCUGCCAGCAUCGCUGCCCGCCAAAUUCCAGAUCGACGCACCUAAAGCACAGGCCAAGGAAGACAUCAAUGUCAGUAUCAAGGGGCCGGAUGGCAAGCCAUUGGUGCCGAAAAUGGAGCAGGAACAGGAUGGAACAUAUGCAGUUUCGUUCGUGCCGGAUGAGUGCGGUCCCUAUAAUGUCAGUAUUAAGUGCGGCGGAAAGGAUGUCCUUGGUUCACCCUUCCUUCUGCAAGCCAUACCCACGGGAGAGGCGGAUAAAUGCAAAAUGGUGCAAGCCGUCCCCACAAAUCAGGAAUACGGUAAAAAGAAUCACUUGGCCGUCGAUGCUAGAGAAGCUGGAACGGGGGCAGUAACAUGCAAGAUUGUGUCUCGUUCGGAGGCGAGCGACGUUGACAUCGAUAUCAUAGAAAAGGAUGGAUUCUUCGACAUUUUCUACAUGCUCAAAGAUCCGGGCGAUUACGAUUUGGACAUAAAGUUUGGUGGUCAGAAUAUCCCGAAUGGAACCUUUACAAUCAAGGCCGUCGAGAGCGUUGAGGAGCAGGUCACGAAGAGUGCCACCAACACUACCUCCUCUUCGGCAGUCACCGAAAAUCACACGUACCAGCACCAGGAGUCGUACAUCGAGCAAGUUUCCUCGGUGUCAAAGUCGAAACAAUACAUACAGCAAACCGCCAGCGAAGAAUUUCUCGUUCGGGAACGGCUCGUGAACGGUAAACACGACAGUGUUUCCACACUAAACAGUGUACAGCAGCAAACAUCGACGACCACCAGCUCUACGAACGGGACCUCGGAGCACGAUAGCCAUCACAACGGUACAAGCCAAUCAUCGAGCCGCUUGCGCGACUUCAAACUUGAGCGUUUAAAUCUUCCCCAAACCGGUGGACUGGUAACAGCCGAAGUCAAGAUGCCCAGCGGACAGGUAGACAAGCCCGUGAUUGACGACAACCACGAUGGCACCGUAUCGAUCCGCUACGACCCGAAGGAGGAAGGUAUCCACGAGCUGGCGGUGAAGUACAAUGGUGAGCAUGUGCAGGGCUCGCCGUUCAAAUUCCACGUCGAUUCGAUCUCGUCCGGGUACGUGACGGCGUACGGGCCGGGCCUGGUGCACGGUGUCACCGGCGAACCGGCCCAGUUCGUCAUCUCCACCAAGGGGGCCGGUGCCGGUGGUUUGCAGAUGGCCGUCGAAGGGCCGAGCAAGGCGGACAUCACCUACCACGAUAACAAGGAUGGCACGGUGUCCGUGUCGUACCUACCGACCGCUCCCGGCGAGUACAAGAUCUCCGUCCGCUUCGGUGACAAGCACAUCAAGGGUUCGCCGUACUUUGCCAAGAUCACCGGCGAGGGCCGCAAGCGUAACCAGAUCUCGGUCGGUUCCUGCUCCGAGGUGACGCUCCCGGGCGUGAUCAGCGACCAGGAUCUGCGCUCGCUGAACGCGUCGAUUCAGGCGCCGACGGGCCUGGAGGAACCGUGCUUCCUGAAGCGCAUGCCAACCGGCAACAUUGGCAUCUCGUUUACGCCGCGCGAAAUCGGCGAGCACACCGUGUCCGUCAAGCGGCUCGGCAAGCACAUCGCCAACUCGCCCUUCAAGGUGAACGUGUGCGAGCGUGAGGUCGGCGACGCGAAGAAGGUGGUCGUUUCGGGCAGCGCACUGAAGGAAGGCAAAACGCACCAGGACAACGUGUUCGCGGUGGACACGCGCAACGCCGGAUACGGCGGUCUUUCGCUGUCGAUCGAGGGCCCGAGCAAGGCGGAGAUCCAGUGCACGGACAAGGACGAUGGCACGCUGAACAUCGCGUACAAACCGACCGAACCGGGCUACUACAUCGUGAAUCUCAAGUUCGCCGACCAUCACGUGACGGGCUCCCCGUUCACGGUGAAGGUAUCGGGCGAGGGUACGAACCGGCAGCGGGAGAAGAUCCAGCGGCAGCGCGAGGCCGUGCCGAUCACGGAGGUCGGUAGCCAGUGCAAGCUCACGUUCAAGAUGCCGGGCAUUACGUCGUUCGAUCUAUCGGCCACCGUCACCUCGCCCGGUGGCGUUAGCGAGGACGCCGAGAUACAGGAGAUCGAAGACGGACUGUACGCGGUUCACUUUGUGCCGAAGGAGCUCGGUGUUCACACGGUUUCGGUCAAGUACAAGCAGAUUCAUAUUCCUGGAUCGCCAUUCCAGUUCACCGUUGGUCCGCUCAAAGACACUGGUGCCCACCUGGUCAAGGCCGGUGGUCCGGGUCUCGAGCACGGUGAACAGGGUGUACCGUCCGAGUUCAACGUGUGGACGCGCGAAGCAGGCGGUGGCACUUUGGCCAUUUCCGUCGAAGGCCCCAGCAAAGCGGAGAUCGAGUUCAAGGAUCGCAAGGACGGCUCGUGCGACGUUUCCUAUGUGGUCAGCGAACCAGGUGACUAUCGCAUCGGGUUGAAGUUCAACGAUCGCCAUAUUCCGGACUCGCCGUUCAAGGUGUACAUCUCACCGGCGAUGGGCGAAGCGCACAAGCUGGAGGUGGCGCAGUUCCCAUCCGGUUGCGUUCAGGCCGACAAGCCUGCCCAGUUUAUGGUCCGAAAGAACGGUGCCAAGGGUGAGCUCGAUGCGAAGGUCGUUGCUCCGUCCAACAACGAAGACGAUUGUUUCAUACAGCUGAUCGACCAGGAUCAGUACUCGGUGCGGUUCUAUCCACGUGAGAACGGUAUCCACGCAAUCCACGUGAAGUUCAACGGUGUCCAUAUUCCCGGCUCUCCGUACCGCAUCAAGGUCGGCAAGGACGACGUCGAUCCGGCCGCGGUGCACGCUGUGGGCAAGGGUCUCGGUGAUGUGAAGACGGGCGAAAAGACGGAUCUGAUCAUCGACACGUGCAAUGCCGGUGCGGGUACGCUGGCCGUUACCGUUGAUGGUCCGGCCAAGGUAGCGAUGGACUGUACGGAGGUCGAAGAAGGCUACAAGGUCCGCUACACGCCACUAUUACCGGGCCACUACUACAUGACGAUCAAGUACAACCAGAUGCACAUCGUCGGCUCACCGUUCAAGAUCAACUGCACGGGCGAGAGCUUGGCCGAAGCCGGUGGUCAAGAGACGUCCUCCGUUAUCGUCGAAACGGUGGCCAAGAUGUCGAAAGGUGGCAAUCGGACCGGAGUCAUUCUGCCCAUCUUCAAAUCAGACGCCAGCAAAGUCCAGUCGAAGGGCAUGGGUCUCAAGAAGGCGUACAUGGGCAAGCAGAAUCAGUUCACAGUGAAUGCCGGUGAUGCGGGCAACAACAUUCUGUUUGUCGGCAUUUACGGCCCCAAGGGACCGUGCGAUGAAGUGUUCAUCAAACACACGGGACGCAAUCAAUACAAUGUCAACUAUCUGGUGCGUGAGCGGGGCGACUACAUCCUGCUGGUGAAAUGGGGCGACGAUCAUAUUCCCGGAUCCCCGUUCAAGGUUGAAGUGUAAAGGCCCCACGAGACACCCGCCACUUGUUCCGUUAAACAAAAGUCAAACACUGCAAAAUGUCCACACACCCAUUCGGCUCGAGUUCAUCUUGCGAGGAAAAGUGCCAACAGUGCCACAGUAUCGAUCAUUACAACAACGCAUUAACAAUGACAUUUUUGGAAACAUCACACAGACACGCAAACACACACAUACACACACAAUCUGUACCAUCUCACAACACGUUACGCUACCGUUCUCGGUCAAUGUGUACGCCGAUAAGCUGUUUUGUUUCGAAUGGUCUCAGCGUAUCCUUGCCCUUGGCAAGAAGAAAACAAUCGUCCAACGCCGUAACCCAAGGUGCCUGAACUGAAUUUACCCUAUGCGCUAGUUUGAAGUGUUCGCUGAAAAACAGAAGGAAAAACGGGAGAAUAUCCUUAAACGGGAGACGGUUUUUCAUUUUUUUAAAUCUCAAACCUAAGCAGUAUCUUCAACCUGCGCCAUAAAGUUUGCUAGUGCGCCCUUUUUACCAUACUGACUUUAAAUUCGCAAUUCGACCCACGUGUUGCAUGGAGUAAUUAUCAAUGACUCGAACAUCUUGAUGGAUCUACAAUUUUAGCACUCAAAACCCUGGUCUUCCAGAGUUUAAAACCCUAAAACCGGGACCGAGACGUUCUUCUCCGGUGCAGCUCUGCUGUGCCAUCCGCUGGGCGAUAAAGUCGGUAGCAAAACGCCCAGACAAAUUUUGAGCCUAAGUUGAACUGUUUCAGUUUUUAUCUUUCUUCGCAUGCCGUUUGGAAUCAUUUGAAAACUUUCCCUUUGUGAAUUGAAUGUUGGUUAACUUGUUGCUUAAUCUGUUUCUGUUUUUUUAUAGAAUUGUAUAUUUGUAUUUGGUUUUCUUCCCGCCCACCUUCGAGUCUCAAUCUUUGUUACAUUGCUACACUGAAGUUAAAACAUUGCGCAUGCCAAGUGUUUUUACGUUUGCUACUUUUAAUUUACCCUCCUACAAGGAAACGACAGUAAUUCAUUCGUUCCACGGGCCCAGCAGUUUGAUUACUAUUUAUUACGAUUAUGUUUCUUACUUCUAUGUUAUGUACCCGCUACUUCCUAAAAGAAAACGACGAUCCGUCUAUGUAAGGUAUAAGAAAUAUUAAAAAUGAACAAAAAAAAUAAAUAAAGCGAUUGUGUAAACGAU